GUAGCAUCCAUCUGGAGGUGGAACAUGGCUGCCGCGUCAUGAAUGAAUCUCGAGAGAUUAUAAGCGAUACUUUCUCCAAUUUCAUCUCGAUGUGUGGGACACAAAUAUGUUCCAUAACAGGAGAGGCCAUACGGACAUCAAGAAGACUUCGCAAAAAUUCCUAGACCUUAAAAAGGAGAGCCAUGCUAGGCUACGCGCUCUGCGAUCUUUGCUCGGUAUGUGUUUCCUUGCACCAGCUCUGCAAACUCUUGAAAUAUAAAGAAAGUACACACGAAUUAUGCUCCAAGGGAUUUGUUUGAUUUGCCUGUGCACCUUGCCUUUCAGAUUACCUUGAUGCUUCCGACUCCAAGAAAUUUUUCAACACUUACUAUUCCGAAAUAUUUUACGUAUUUCACGAUGUUUUCUCCAUGGUGGAGGCAAAUCUCAAAACAAGAGGUUGGUCCUUUGAAAUAUUUACAUCGCUUUGCAGCCAUUUGGAUAUUGACACAGAACAAUCUGCGGUAGAAAUUCAGUUAGAUUAUUGUCCUUCUAACGUUUUUUGAAGAUACGAUUCUCUGUUCAUCUAGGAAGUAAAUUUAAACUUCUGCAUUAUGAGUUUAUUCAAAUGGCUGAGUAUUUUCGGUAAACAAUAUCGCGGAAAAUAGCUGGUUGAUCGGUGCUAACGUACAAUAUUUAUUAUUUUUUUAGGUCAUAAGUCACAAAGGGAAGACCUCGAUUCAAUUCUUAUUAUGUUAGAGGUAAAAGGCAAUAUCUUUUUUACUUUGUUUAACAUUGUUUUUUUUUUACAAAAAAAUUUAAAUUUAUAUUCAAGACACACUGCUAAUUAUUGCUCAUGUUCUGUUCAAGUUAAUAUAACAGGUGAAGUAGGAUUGUACAUAAACGGUCCAAAAUAUAACGAUUUGUUUUCGUUCAUCUACAAACAGAAAAUACUGCUUUAUCUUCCUGAUCUGAUUCACAGAAGAUGGCAAUUUCACAGUAUUGGUAAGCUCUUUUGACAUAAUUUUAUGCAUAAUAUAAGAAUCGUGUAUUGCUAGAAUAUUUUAGUUGUUGCUGCUUUGUAAAAAGAUAAUCACCCUACAGUUAUAGUAGUGUAAUCAAUAUUAUGGGUAAGGUAAAUUAAAGGCACACAUCAGACAAGGAGGCCCACUUGACAAAAAGGUUAUACCCCUGUUUCUGCAUUGGAAAUGCAUCGAUGGAGCAUUGGAAAUGCAUCGAUGGAAAUUAAUGCUUGUUCACUUUAGGGUUACCACCAGCUGUUCUGACAGGAAGGUGUGAAGCCUGACCUGCAGAUGUAAAAAAGAACACUCUUUAUUUGAGUGUCAAUUGUUUUGUGCAAAAGUACUAAAUGAGGAUACUAUUUUUACAUGUAUGUCUCCUGCUGGAGAUGAGACCACCAUUUUACCUGACCUUUUUAGGUUGACCAUUUAAAGUUGGUUAUUUGUCUUUAUGACAUUUAAGGGUAAUAUAUAUACGUGUACUUACUGACUUUCACUGGCUGCUGUCUGAGUUGGUGACUGUGUAAUUGCCUUUGAAUAUGAAGAUUGUUGUUGACUAUUUAAAUCACAUGUAAAACUGGGGACUGAAUGGUCUACUAUGUAGGUUUGGUGUUUUCAGACUACUUUCUUGCUACAAACCCUGUAUUUCUGUAGUGGUGUUAUACUAGCAUGAUUGGACACAUGGCAGUGUUGUAGUCAACAUGUAUGUGCACUGUAGAUUCAAGGUUUGAACCGAGCCACUGUGUAGUUUCCAAGUUCUCAUAAGUUUUCUAAAGUUGGGGCGUGCAUUAAAAAAAAAAAAAAAAAUAAUGUAUUCUGUUUUCAUUUUAAUUAGUUUUCUUGCCCCUGUUUUCUGUUGGGAUUUACUAGACUUCAUUUUGGUGGGAAAAGUUUUAGGAUCUUAGUAUUACGUGGAAGUUAGUGGAACAAGAUUUUCCUCUGAGUUUUUUGUGUUAACGUUAUAAGUUGUCCUUGACUGUUAAAACUGAUGACGUCACAUGUGGUUCAAGGGACUUAGUUAUGGGCAGCUACAGUUGGUUAUGCAUGGGUGGCAAAGGGGUGAAUGGGUUAAGUAAUUAUUGCAUUUUUGUAUAAAUGGAUACCAUGCAGGGGUAGUAGCAAUAGUCUUAGUUGCUUCAGAAACCAGUAUAAGCUUCUGCUGUGUAGCUCUGUGACUGAUUUCUACCAGUAGUAAAAUAUUAUUGGUGCCUCAAUAUUGUUGUUUUGCUUGAGUGUCAGAAGGUUCUCUCAAGCAAUGUAUUGUGGCACCAACAUCAACUUGGAGUAGCCUACAUUUUUAACAGAAGCAACGUUAAGAAUGGACCGAGGCCCCAUACAAAAGUGUACUUACUUGUACCUUGUAAUUGAUAGUUUAAUACAACUAGUUGCAACCUGCGGCUCGCUGCAUCUGAAAGAAAUCUGCCUUAAGGUCAAAUGGACGAGCAGAAAAAAAUAUAAUCUCCACAAAAUAAAAACUUGAAUGGCACUACCCUUACUUUUAAUUUAGACUAUAGCUGUACUUUUAUUGUGGAGGAAGGAGAGGGGGGUGUGGGUCAGAGAGAAUGGGGGGGCAGGUGAAGUACAGGGGAGAGGGGAGAGGGGAGUUCUUUAAAGGUGGAAAAAUGGGAGGAAAUUACACAACAAUGGUUAAUAUUUUGCAAUUGAAAAAGGGCUAAAUGGAGGAAGCCCCCCGCCCGGUACAUGUCCCUCCCACAGUAAAGUAUUAGCUUCUGGAACUUUCUUUCGAGUUAUUGUUAUGAAUCUAUUAGCAUUAAGACUUUUCUGUGUCAAAUCUACUGCAGUGAAAUUGUAUUAUAUUUACUGUACAGUGUACCACACAACAAUAGAUCUUUUUAUUUAUGCGGCUUCUUAAUGUGGCUGAAAAACCCUUUAUCAUACAUGCACUCUAUCAGAGGACUUCCAUUAAUAACUUUUGAUCCCUGUAUAAAUAGGUCGUAUCAUGAGAAAGCUUCUGCAUCAUGGGAAUGCACUGAAGGUAUGCCAUUAUACCUGUAAACAAUACAUUGCAUGUACAUUUAAAUUGUACAUAGAUCGUGAUAAUUCAAGUUUUUGAGGUAAAUUUCAGUGAAAUUUUGAUCCAGAGAAAGGAAACUUGUUUAGUUUGAAUUAGCAGGGAAUUUGAAUUAUCCAAGUUCGAGUUAACCGAGUACAGUUGUGUAAAUAUGACUGAAAGUUGGGGUGAAAUCCAAGGAAAUAGGACUAAGUUUGAGCUUGCCUGGAGUUUGAGUUAUCCGAGUUCAAGGUAUUGAGGUUCUACUAUAUUUUCUUUUCCUGUAUUUUUUUUAUUCACAGUUGCGGCGCGAAGGUGCCCGUCUUUUUAUGCUGUGGUUCCAGGCAUUGCAGGAAAAUUCAGAUGAAUUGUGUCAACUCAUGUAUGCAUGCAUGAUUCCUGGUUUUCCAAAUCCCAUUGACAAUGUGGAAUGGAAGAGCAAGAUGUCAAGAGCUGGUGCUGAAGAAAUUUUUAUGUCAAUAAAUGAAAGUGGCUACAGGGACCAGCCCCCUUCUACAAGCAAUUUGCAUUUGUCAUCUGACAGAGAGAGUGAUGGUUGGUUUUGUUCUCACAAAAUAAUCUCAACCCUUAUGUUGCAGAAUACAAUGUACUUGUCUGAUAUAUGGCUCUAAAUGUGGAAAUUUGCGUCAUUCAUAUCUAAAAAAAUACAACUACUGCUAUGAUCCAGAUUUUUUUCUCCUUAAGAUAAUCGUACAUGUAUUUUUUGUGUAACCACAAGGAGCAAAAAACACAUAUAAAAAAGGGGGUUUUGUUUCAUUGCAAAACUACAACAAAGGGACAAUUUCAGCGUCAAAUUAUUAUUUUGGGCAAUGGGACUGGGGCAAGUUUUCAGAGAAUCACCUGUUUAGCCAGGUAGAAUUAUCAAAACUGCGAGUAAAAGCAUUACAGGUAGGACUACAAAAGGGGCCAUAAUUACCUCUUUUUAGACAACUGUUGAAGAUCACCACACCCUUUGAAGUUGCAAUGUUACAUGUAUAUGCAGUGCAAAACCAGAGAAUCACCUUAAGGAGACAUUUUGGCGAUUUUGGUGCUUGUAUCCGCAAUGGAACAUUAUUGCAAAAAUGUGGCGUUAAACAACCUGUUUAAUAUCAGGGGUUUUGGAGUGAAAGUUCAUUCUUGCUAAAUCUUCUUUUUUUCAGACUGGUGCUUGCAAGAUGAGGUAGGACCGAUCUUUCCUGCCAACACCACUGAGAGAUUGCCACCACCAGAACUCUUGACAAAGUUUUUUCUGGACAAAGUUUUGGAUUGUAUGAGCACCCAGGUUUGUAAUGAAAUUACAAAAUAAUUGAGGAAUUGUAGAUGAGUUAGUUUUGGGAUAGGGGGUUGUGGCAGAGGUAAUAAAGGCACAAAAUAACUCAACUUUGGUGGAGGAGGGGAGAUGUAUAGGGUGGGUUGGGGUUAAGGGAGAUGGCUUAUGAUGUAACAAGUCUUACUUUCCUUCUGCAGCUAUCUGAAAAUAAAAAUUUUUCCUCUCUAUCUUUAGCUUGUUCUUGUCGAGUGGGAUGACAAGAAAACCAGAGAACAUGCAUUCUACUUCCUGUUUGAAAACUUUAAAAAGUUCUAUCUGCCGCACAUCUUUGAAGAUUUUAACCCUUCAAGAGCAUUAUAUGAUUCAUCACCAGGUAAGUGUGCCAUCUAUAAGUUAAAUAAUAACAAUUUCAACGAUAAUGCAUGUAACGAUAGUUACUUACAAAAGAUAGUUUCUCUUACAAUACUUGUGAGAAAUGGCAAAUCUUGGCCAGCUAGUCUGACAACAUGUGCUUUGAUUUAUAAGAGACCUUUCUGAAAUUAAGCAAACUCAUUGGGCAUCUUGCUCAAAGUCCUGUUUACAUUCAGCACAGCAAUCUCAUGUUAUGUGGCAGAUGGAUUUCUGACUGCAAAAUAUUCACAAGAUACGUUGUAAUGACAGUUACGUUUACAUGCACAUGCCCUCAGGGUGAGUGGAUGUUGGGUUGAAAUAAUCUUAUAACAAUGUCUGGAAAAGCGAACAACUCAAAAGUUAAUAUUAAAUAUUUUUCAGUUUAAUUUCAUUCGUACAUUGUUUUAUUUACCUGUUUUGAAAUAUGUGUACUCACUGUCUUGUUAAUUCAAUAUGUUGGUGUUCAUGUAUCUGUUUUCUUUAUUGUUAUGUUUCAACCCUGUUAUUGUUGUUUUCAUUUUUACUUUUCCUUCCCGCCUUGAUUAGCUAGGCUAUUUCAUGGGCAAGGGUCAAUGGUUAUGAUAUGUAUCCAAAGUGUCUUAAUAAACUUGAAGGUGAACUUGAACAUGUACUUGUAAAAGUUAUUACAAUACUUGUGAAGAACUUGUGAAUUUUGGUUACUCUGGCAAUCUGCCAUGUAGUAUAAUAGUUUCUCUGCUGCAAUGUACUUGUACACCACUUGACUUGUUCCUGAAUGGUCUCUGGUUUGAAUUCUUUGGUUUGGUUCCCUGUGAGCAGGGGUCCUUUGAUUCUUCCUUUUCCACACUAUCCAGGAAGAUUGAUAAACCUCUGCUCAUGGGGUAAGUGCAGGGUGCAAAGAAAAUCAGUUUUACAGUCUGCCAUUCGGGCAAGCUGUAGAUAGCAUGUACUAGCCCACAAGUCAUUUCAACUAUCCCCAAAACCCUUUUUGAUUGGCAGGAUUGAUAACAAUCCUUCUGUAAUUUGAACCUCCCCAAAAAACAGCACUUGCCCGUCAGGCAAGUUAAGAACAAAAAACACUAGCCCGAUAGCAAAAUCCACUAGCCCCAGGCUAUUGGACACGACUUUCUUUGCAUGCUGGGUAAGUGUCUGGGGAACCACAUUUUUUAUCUUUCCUUAGUCUGUGAUUAGACAAAGGAAUACACAAUAGGUUCUGUCUUGUCUGUAGCUUUUGAGCUGUAGGUAGCUCAGGCUCAUUCUGCAUGUUCAUGUACUGGUACAGAUUACAUAAAACUAAAGACACAAAGAAAACAGCGAUACUAGUUAGGCCCUAGUGAAACCUUAUUAUUUGGUUCUUAACCUUGUGUAUUUCGUGUGUAUGUAAUUUGUUCCAUUUCACACAGGGGAAAUGACCCUUUGUGUGAAGAGAAUUGGUAUUUUUAGAUAUAAGGGAGUCGCAUCUCUUGAUACAUACAGUAAUAAUGAGAUUUGCAUCUCUGAAGUCAAAAGUUAUUUUUCGCAAAUUAAUGAUGGCAACAAUCUGAAUAGUAUCAGUUUCAACUGCUGUUCACAAGCCACAUACAGUUGGUUAUUGAAAUCAUUAAUGGUAACUUCAAAUGUUUAAAAGGUGCUGCAGUGUGAUUAUCAGUUACAGCAUUUGACAUGAUAACUGCAUAACUGUCUAUGUUUAAAAUAAUUUUAGUUUUAGUGGCUUAAAUCCUGAUUUAUAGUGGCAUACAUGUAAUAAUUAAUAACUGCUACUUUGUCACUAUCUGCCUUUCAGCUGCACAAGUUCCACGGAAGAGGAGCAACAGUGCUGGCAGGGAAGCAGAGCAAAGAAUGAUCAGUGCAAGAGACUCUGUCCUCAGAUGGUUCGUUGCCUUCACUUUUAGAUUCAAGAGGUCUGACAGUGUCUCAGAAUCGCCAAAUGUGAAUCAAUCAAUAGUAUCAAUAUCAUCCACUGAAGGUAGUGAGCCGGGUUCACCUCCGACAUCAGGUGGAGCCAUUCAGUUUAGUCCAGCACGCAACAAAGAAUACUUACAUGAUGCCAGUGAUGUGAUCAGAAAAGUGUUGUUCUCUACCCGCUCAAAUAUAAGACUGCUUCAUGAGGUUCUCGACAGGAAUGCGUUUACAUUGUAAAAAAUUGUGCUUGUACUCCAAACUAGUUUCAGUGGCUUGAAUCCUAAAUAGACUAACAACCACAGAAUGUCCCUUCUCAUGCCCUUCUACAUGAAACCAAAAAAUACAUCUGUUUGUAAGCCCCCCUCUAGCUUGUUUUGAAUGAAAUGGAUAUGUUAUGAUGGAUUGAAGCUUAAGUAACAACCGGUAAAUGCAAAAUGUAUGACGGGCACUGCUGCUGUUGCUUUUUCUUUCCCCCUCAGUUAUUAAGCGCCCUCUGUUUAUAAGCCCUUCUCAAACCCUGGCUUUACAAAGAUGCAUAAACCCUGGGCUUAAACAUGUAAGCAGCAGCUUACAGUAGCCAGUCACUAUCAAUUUAUUUUAAUUGUCUACGGGCAGAUUUCAAUUGUGAAAAAAAAACAUUUGUUGUUGGAAGGUACAUGUAAUGACCUUAUGCAAUGAUAAUGGCAAUGACAAUCGCAAUGACAACUUCAAAAGGUUUCAUAAACAAAACAACAACUUUGCACAUACGCCACUUGCACAUCUCUCAUAAUGCAUGGUAAAAUUCCGAAAAUAAGCCCCUCCAUGUAUAAGCCCCUCCAAAUAUAAGCCCCCCAAACUCGUAAUGUAAAAAACCCUCCGUUAAAUCGCUCCUCCAAAUAUAAGCCCCCCGGGGGCUUGUACUUGGAAAAUUGCCCUCAAAUACAAAGUAAAACAAAGCAAAAACAGUAAAUUUACUUCCAACUAUAAGGCUAGCCCAAUCGAUUUUGAAACGCAAAUUUCGCUCCGUAGAUAAGCCCCUCCGAAUAUAAGCCCCUCCAAAAAUAAGUCCCUUAAAAAGGGCCUUUGAAAAAUAUAAGCCCCGGGGCUUAUUUUCGGAAUUUUACGGUAUCUUAUUUGCCUCCCAAAAUUUUGCACAACCUUUGUUUUUCAUUUCUCCUGGAUAUUACAGCUGUCCCAACAGAAAUUGAAAACAAUGCUUAUGCAAAAUUUUGGGGGGCAAAUAAGGUGCAUUACGGGAGAUGUGCAAGUGGUGUAUGCAUUGCACUUUUUGGUAAAUUCAUUGCUGUCCUCUACAUGACUGAUAUGUGAAAUUUCAUAAUGCAAGGUUCUGAAGAGGAUAUUAUGAACACACAAAAGUGACAACAAGUAACAAUUCAAAAACAUUUGGCUACAACUGACAAACUGGAUUGGCUGAAAUCCAUGUACAUGUAUCAUGUCAAAGUGCUUAAUGACAUCAAAGUAAUAUCAUCUUGUUGGUUGGGUAAGGCCCCUAAUGACACUUAAAGGCUGGUUUUCACUAGUGACAGAGUCGGAGUUGGAGUCAUAAGCAGAGUCAUAAGCCCAACGGAAUUACAGUCAGAAGAAUUAGAACGUUUCUGUUUCCUUCCGACUUUGCUUCCGACUUCGCCGCUUACAUUCUGCUUAUGAUCUAGUGAAAACCAGAUUGUCGGAGUUGGAAGCAAAAGUGAAAGGAUAAACCAAUCACAAUGCACAUUCCCUGGCUUUGUGAUUGGUUUAGUUCGUCCACUUCUGCUUGUGACUCCGACAACCCAGUUUUCACUUGAUCGUAAAGGACAGAGUCAUGCACGCUGUUUUUGGAAUAGGAAGAAUCAGAAUGCUGUUUUCACUAGAUCAUAAAUUUUUAUGCUUCUGAUUACGACUCCGCCUCCAACUCCUACUUGGUCACUUCUGAAAACAAGCCUUAAGAGUGAGCCUACCAGGUGAAUAUUGACUUUGAAGCUUAACAAUGAAUUUUUAUAAGCAAGACUUGAAGGGAGUUGGGGUGGAGAAACUUGCCAGUUUAAAAAUGAGAGGAAAACUGGGCCAGGUUUACUUUCACAAAGACUUCUGGGAUUGUUAGUAGUGACAAGGGAAAAAUAAUUAUUAUUGGCCAAUAGCUGAACAAUGCAUCCCCAGUAAUGAUCCAAGAAACAAUUGCGGGACACAUUUCAGUUCCAGUUCCCUUCUAAUUUCUAAAGUGGUGAAUUGUGUGAUUUAUUAAGUUACUUUGAUCUGUGACAUUUCCUUGAAAACUAAGGAAGAACUAGAAUCUAGAUACAUUUACUCAAUGGGACCUUGGUAAAUAUUAAUUACCUUUGUGUUGUUUUCAGGGAUUUCUUCUUCCAGCCAAAAAUCUAAACACCGUGCGGCAGGUACUCGGGGUGUAUCAUGAUUGGAUUAAGGUGAGCUAGUGGUAUAAGCAAUGCAAAUAUACUUACUGGUGUGCUUUUACUGUCAAACUUAGAAAACCGUGAACACCUGAAAAACUUCAGGAAUGUAGAUUGUGUAGUGACCAAUCACAAUAAAGGUCACUGGGGCAUGUAACAAAUCGCAAAACCACACACUACAUGUAAUUACUGUUGCUGUUUGUGGUUUAGUUUUCUCACGCCUUACUGGCUUUUUCCUCGCAACACAUCAUUCCGUUUCAUGUUCAUGGUUUUGUGAGUUUCACAGUAAUAAGUGAUUGUUCGGUUUCUGUGGGGGCAUGAACUUGGUAAUUUGUUUUGUCUAUUAAGAAUUGGUUAAAUUUAUUUCUUUGUUUAUUAAUUUGAUCAUUCAUACCAGUGUAUUCUUUGCCUGUGCAUACAUACAUAUUGGUUCUAACAUUCCAAGUAUGACAGUCUUCAUUUGUUUAUUAGGAUGUAGAUCUGGAAUAAUGAUCCCAUCUUGCGCUUGAAGUUCAACUCUACUUAGUUUAUUCAAAUGUAAAUUAAUUCCAUAGUGAAGUGUGUAAAUUUUCUACUGUGGAUUUUUUUAGAGUGCAGAUAAACCUGUAUUUAUGCUGGAACCCACCCAAGAGUUGUUGAGACCACUCGAUGGUGAGAAGUACAGUCCACAAAGUCCCAUUAGGAGUCUGUCAUAUUCAUGUGCUGUAGAUCGAGCAAGACAAAAAGUAUUCCGACUGCCACAGGAAGAUGUGCGAGCUGGUCUUCAAGCCAACCUGAGGUUUUUUAUCUUACAUUCUGCAGCUGUAUUUCUUGUGGAAGAGGAUGAAAUGUAUUUGGAUAAACAGGUGACUAAUAGUUAUUUAAGUAAACAUACAGUCAUGUUCAUUGAAAUCUGCAUGUACAGAAAAUUAAGGUAAAAUUUCUCCUUUUUAAUUUUAAUUUUGUAACAUUUUUUUUUGGCUUGAACAUGUGUUUUUGUAACUUUAAGGUUGAUGUCUGCAAACGUGUCAUCCAUCUCUAUCGGAGUGUUGUUUUAGAAGUGCCAAUGGAACCAACCACAUGGUAUUAUAAUUUUACUUUUAAUUUAGCCUCUAUAAAGAAUUCGAUUUGUGGAAUAAUUUGUUUCUAAGUGAAAUACAAUAAUAAUAAUAAAUGAAAUGAUCUCAUACAUGCAGGCUUUAGUUAGUUAAUCCAGAUUAUUACUGGCUGUUAAAACUCUAAACAUUAGUGGUGCACUUUGAUUCAUCUGUUCAGGUCUUGAAAAAUAAAAGUGUAUGCUUUUGCUUUUUAUGGUACAAAAACCGCAAAACAAUCCUGUCAAUAAUAAUGAAAAUCUCUUUUUUAAUAAUUUAUACUGAUACAGAGACUUUCAGUAGCCUAUUUGUUUUUCUGUAUUUUACCAAAAUUUAACAAAGUUUGCAAUUAAACUCGAUUUUCAUAUUGCCCACUGUUAAGAGUGAAAGAGGUACUGUUCUACCGUUCGAUACAUUAAUUUUUUGAUGAUUCUGACUUAGAAUUUUUGAUUGUUGAUCAACAGGGAGCAGAUGUUAGAGUCUCUUCUGGAGGCUUCAAGACACUUGUUAGUUCCUGAAAUGUCACAGAACAAAGCAGUGGCAAUAGCUAGACAAGUUGUAGGCAGCCUACUUCAGGUUAGAUUAGAACAAUGCUCAAGAUCAAGUCAUAACAGACCCAAGGGGUACUUGGGUCAAUUUUUGCUGGAUAUGGAUUGUGCCGCUGUCCUCUCAGAACCGUAUUAUCCACCAUUUUCACAUAGACCAUAAUGACCUUGUUUACCCCCUAAAAUAGACCUUUUUACCUAUACGACGGCCAUAUUGAAUUAAUUGGAUUUAAGGAGUAUUAUGGGAUGCCCAGGGGGCAUGAGCACGAUCUCAUAUACUUGCAUCAGUAUUUACGCGCCCUUUUCGGGCCAAUUUUUCUUUAAGUUUUUCUAGAAAAAAAUUGUAAUGAGAAAAAAGAUCAUUGUGCCAUCUUUGGAUGUAAUAACGAUCGGAAAUAUACAUUGAAGUUCUCUUUUUGGCCGAAAAGCGCUUGUAAAUACUGAGCGAGUGCACUCUGGGCAUCCCAUAAUACUGCUUAGAUCUAAUAAAUUCAACCGCAUCGGUAAAAAAAAUCUAUUUUACGUACUUGUAACCAUUGUUGCCAAUUUCUCCUUGAUAUUACAGUCAUUCCUACCCUGCUUGCAGAGGUUUCUCUCUUUACUCCCUGUGAGUAAACAAACCAACUAUGUGACAGACAAGCCAUGCGAAUGACUUCGUAAACGCUUAAAGCCAUGCAAGAAAGAAACCUCUGCCCGCAGGCUAAGUCAUUCCAAGAGAAAUCAAAGACGAGGGUUUUGCAACAUUUUUGGGGGUAAACAAGGUGCAUUAUGGUCUAUAUAUAAAUGGUGAAUAGCUUAUUAUGUGGCCAAUUAUAGAACUCAUCUUAAGGUGGAUUUCCACUGCCACAUAAUUUUGAUGUGCGUAUGCACGUAAAAUUUACAUAGAGGCAAAGUAUGAAUGGCUGUGCAUUAACAUCAAAGUUGAAGGAGGUUCAAUUUUAACAUUUACCUCUAUUUUAUUUAAAUUACGCAACAGUGGAAAUCCACCUUUGGUCACUUACAUGCAUGGGCAAAUGUAAUUUGUGACCUAUCACGCAACUUAUUCACUUUCUGUAACAUUACAUGCAUUUAGCUGGGAAUCUUCCCAUUUACAAAUCCCUACCUACCAGAAAUUUCUUACCCCCAAGAUUUGGACAAUGUAAGACCCCAUCCUAGUAACUCUAUUGGGAGCUCCCUCCCCUCUGAAAUAAGUCCCCCCUCUCUAUUAAGUCCCCCCCUCCCCCCCCAAAAAAACAUUUGAAAUAAGUAAGCCACCGAGGGGCAUUAAUAGAGGAUUUUACAGUGUCUUUCAAAGAGUCAUGUUCAAGUUGCAAUGAAUGAAUUAGUAUUAUUUAAGAAAUCAAUUUAUGUUUAGCUUAUACACUGUAAUGAGCUCCAUCGCUAACACUGGACACAUAUUUUACCUACAUCACACUUCCCUGUAAGAUGAAUGUGCAUUGUAAGUAAGAUCAUCGUGGAAAUCAGACAUGAUGUUUCUAUAUGUUUUUCAUAACCACUCUUAUCAUCUUCUUAGACUCUGUUUGUGACAUGGAUCCGAGCCAAUCUUAAAGUCAAUGUACCCAUUGCUUUAUGGGACAAGUGCUUGGAGGUUGUUUCAUCUUCUACUCACUGGAAAGAAGUUAUUGCUGAAUGGAGUGUGAGUGUCUAGGUCAAUUUUUUUUUCUAACAAUCUCAGUUCAUAAUCAAGAGAAUGAGUUAUGAGAAGUAAUGAAAUGAUCAAAAGGAAAAGUCUUGAUCUUUUAACCAAUUGUCUCAACCAAUUUUGAAAGGAAAUGUCUGAGAUCAGUCAGGAGAAGUUUUAGCUGGUAUUGUAGUGUUUAAGUGAGUCCAAAAUUCGUCUGUUUAGCUGGAUGAGUGCGGUCCUUUAGAGGACUGUUGGUUACAGUUAUACGUUUUGACAGCUUUUGUGUAAGUCAUCUUCAGAGUCAAAGUGACGCGGAUAUUAUCAGUUGAUGGUGUUGCACUUAAUUUAACAAUGUUAGUGGUUGUUUGUUACAGCUAGAAGCCCAAUAGUGCGACCUCCUUUAAUUAACUCACAUUCUUUCAUGCAGACAUUAACCAAUCAGAAGUCGAGGACAGUUUCCAGCUGGCUUCUGAUUGGAUUAAAUCUGUACAAAAGAAUAUGAAUAAAUCAAAAGCGGUCACACUUUAAUUUUGGGCUCCAUGCUGUUAUAGGCCAUUUGCACAACGAUGUGAUUCUACUACUACGACGAGAAUCCUGUAGGGUUUUGCUUUCCUGUGCAAAUUAAGGCUUUUGUUAUUUAAACCUUGCUGGGUUGACGAAAUUUUAAUAUGAAUAGAAAGCGAAGAGGAUUCUGGUCUUAGUAGUAAAAUGACGCCAUCAUGCAAAUGGCCUGUGAUAUCAUUGGCUGUAGACGCUCUGGAGGCCAAGAUUGGUUUACUUUUAACCAUAAUAUGUUGUUAUCUUUUGAGUUUUAACUGUAAAUAGUUGAAAAACAAAUAAACAAACCAAAGGUACGAAACAAAAGAAUCGCAGGGUUUCAUUUCAAUUAUCAGUUGAUAGCAUAGACCUAUUCGGCUAACUCAAUGUUGUACCCAAUUCAAACCCUUUGGGAAUAAAACGUUUUGUUUCAGGAAUGUCCAUAUCAUUUAAAUGUGAAUGCCACAUUGUAAUGCAAAUGCCAUACACAAAGAAUCUUACCCCCGGGAGAUUUGAAUUGGGUACAACAUUGAGUUAGCCGAAUAGGUCUAUUGUCACUCUCAAAAGGUUGAACUACUUACUUUUUUUAUGCUAUGCUGAUCUUGGCAAUUUAAUUGAAGCAGCUUCAUGUACUAUGUGCAUUGCAGAAUGGGCACUGUUUAUUUUUUUUUUCUCAGUGUGUUCCUCUACAAGAUUGUAAAAUCAACCGUUUACAUCGAUAAAAGCAUGAUAAAGAUUAUAAAGAUUUAUAAAAUAACCAGGAUAAUACGCGCGCUCUGAUUGGCUAAAAACCUAUGGUUUAUUGUCCCGGUAAACUCAUAGAAAACUUAAAAUUAUUUGAAAAAAAGUAAUAGACCACGCUUUCUAUGGGUUUACCGGCGUGAUAACCCACUUGGGAUGUUGGGGGAACACUCGAAAAACUUGUAAAUCACUCGGCUCGUAAUUUACAAGCUUUUCUCGUGUUCUCCCAACAUCCCGCGUGGGUUAUCACGCCGGUAAAUCUAUAGAAAGUGUGGUCUAUUGCUUAAAUAUAAAGCUUUUAUGAUGUAGCCCCUUUAAGUAUUAAUUCUCUGGAUUGCUUUUGUCAUCAGGUAACCAUGGAAACUCUGACAAGGGUGAUGGCGCGAACUGUCUAUGGCCUAGAUAUGGCUGAUCUCCCUUUAGAAAGACUGACAGAACAGAAGCGCAAGAGGCGACCACAGGUACCCAAUGGAAGGCGGAUUUUUAACAAGGCUUCUUUCUCCCGUUGGAGUCGAAUGGAGAAGACCAGUGCUCCAAAGCAGAUAGUGUUAACUGUAAAUGACUCUAAUGCUAUUGUUUCUCCACAAGUCCAGAAGCCGCGGAAAUUGUCUCACGAGGAAGGCCGUCGUCCUCUGUCCGUUAACUUGCCAAAACACCCGAAAGUGUUGUCUAACACAAACAGUGCUUUCUUGCCAACUAACACACCAGCUAUGGAUAGCGUGUCUCCUAUCAGAACUGUUGUUACAUCUCCCUCCGCUUUCACUGCAGGUUAGUCAUUCUAAGUUGAAUCAACGUUUGUACUUCCCGUGUGUACUGUUUUUCUGAGCCUGGAGGUAUCGGGUCUUUUCGCCCGAAAGUCGAGUCGCCCAGACUAAGUCGAUUGGUAUUUGUCGUUCUUUAAGCUUGAGAAAAAGGAAUAAGUAUGGAAAGACAGUGACUGCACGUGUCCUGCACAUGUGGAAUUCAAGGUUAACUAAAAUAAUAUCUCGGAGAAGUAGGUUCACCAUGUUGUAGAGUGUCGUAUGUCUUCGGGAGAACUAAAAUCGACUUAAGUCCUAGCGAACGCCUUUGGGUGAAUCGACUUUCGGGCGAAACGACCGUAAUAGUCCACUUCUGAGUUUCGAAAACCCUCUCCUUCAAAAUCAGGGUAGGUGCACAACCUGUCUUGUGAAAAUGAGUUUUAUUUGCAUGAAAAUGAAAAAUGAUUUCCAUAUCAAAGGCUAAGCACCUACCGUCGUUUGGAAACAGAGGCCCGGGGGAACUCGGAAAUGGCCUAUUCAGCCAUUUUUACUGACUAUCACUGUUUUACAGGUUCAGUGACUACCGAAGAUUCCGAUGCUGCAGGCCAGCAUAAGGAACCUAAAGGUAUCAGUAAAGAAACUAAAGAGAAAUGUAACACAGAAAGCAACACUAACGAGGAACAAAAAGCAGUAUUCUCUCUUGCAAGUGACACAGACAGUAUGGAGAGCGUCGAAAUGCAUUCAAAAUCUGAACAUGAUACGGAUUCGCACGCUAAUGAAGAUCCAAGCAAAGCAGUGGAUACUACGGACGGUUUACCCACUCAGCGAACACAACGCUUGAGCAGCAGUGACAGUUAUUUUUCGCAUCAAGACUCUAAGACCAUGCCUUGGUAUGCGAGUAGUCUUGACUUUGAGAUGGGUCCUGAUGCUAAAUUAGCUGGCUCCGAGUCACCGCAAUUACAUCUUGACAGAAUCAACGAGUCUCAUCUAGAGGCUAACUUAGACGAAUUACAUCAAGUAAAUCACAGAACUUUGAAUAAGACGUCCACUCCGUCACGUGAAGUGAGAUUUGUUCCAGGAGGGAAAGGGGAGUUUGAUCAUGACAUGGGAGGCAGGUCCUCUCCUGACUCAUCUGGAAGAGGUUUGUGUUUCGAGUUUACAUGGAAAUAUAAAAUGAUUCUAUAGAUCGUUUUCACUGUCACGCAACAAAAAAAUAAAUUGGAAACCGUCGAGUGGAAGAAGCCAAGAAAAUGAAAUGUUUUAAAAGACUAGUAUAUAAACACUUUGUCCAAGUCUCAGGUCUUUGUGGCCGAUAGUUUCUGAGUUAUUUGCCGAAACGUUUCACGCACCUCUGUAGAGCUUUGUAUGGAGACGCCAUAUUGGUGUACCCGUUUUGGUGCAUCAAUAUGGUCGCCGGAAAUAAAAAAAAAGUCUGGAGUUCAGGGGCAGGGGCAUCCAUCCCCAAGAAAUACGAUUUUCUGCCUUUCCGUGACCGGAAGGAGUUAACUUGGCAGGUCUUUUAGCGUAUUAAAAGAGUGAGUAAUGAUGUCUUUAAUGAACAAAUACAACUUCAUCCGAUGUAAUAUUUAUACUUCAGAAAAUAUUUUUGUUUGUACACGUCACGUCGGCGGUGGGGCAUGGAAUAUGGCCCUUAGUGACUUUUGAUGUUAUGUCAAAUCCUCCUUGGAAGAGGGUUGUGUUGUUUAGUGUACAUUUAAAAGGCAUGCUAAUGCUGUUAAAUCUCGAUGUUUUGAACUCUUAGUUUGUCAAGCCUUUCUAUAAUCUGAACCAAAACUGUCUUUUCUUCCCCUGUCAAAUACUGUAAUUCUAACCCCCCAUUUUUCGAACUUUCCGACGAAGCUCUUUUUCCCUCCCGCCGCCUUUAGUGGAAGAUGAGUCUGAUAAUGUCUUUAUUUAUUAAUGUAUUCCUAGAUACUCCCGAUGAUCUGGCUGUGGCUUCCAGGACUCCUUCCCCACCUCUUUUAAAUGAAACCCACGAGGAGCUUCUUGAUCACGACUUUGUUGAAGAAGACCCGCAUAAUGAAGAUACUAGUGUGGUAGCGGGAGGUUACAGGGAAGGUUGGAGUCCUGUGGCGGCAGUGGUCCUGUGGCGCAGAAUGCUGGGAAUUCUGGGCAAUGUAAACAAGAUAAAAAAUCCUGCCAUUCACGGUAAAGUCUUUGAGUGCCUGACAUCAGUCUGGACCUUGCUGGCCAAGGUAAUUCAAUAACGAUAAUAAUUGAUGGCAACAGGGGUUUCCAGUUUAGGCAGUGUUUAACGUUUUUUCAGUUUGCCUAACGCUUUUAGAGCGAUUUUCGUAUGACCUUGAAAUGAAACGCGCGAACGAUACAGAAACAACAAACGAACGGAAAUAGAGGUAUUUGAUUGGUUUAUCGAACGGAUACAAACGCGCGUGGCUCUUAGUUGGUUAAGCGAACGCUGGGUUCAACUUCCUGGAAAUCAAUCGAUACUUGGCUUUGACGUCAUACUGCAACACGAUUGGCCAAUCGAACAAUGGCUUCUCCGUAUUAGGGGUUUUCUUUGGCGGGAAAACGAAGAGUCCAUGUUUUGACCUUUUCAUCCAUUGGCGGAUAAAUCAAAUAACGAACACUUACCGAAACCAUUUUUUAAGGUCAUACGAAAAUCGCUGUAACACUUUUAUCUAGAUAUUGUUCAUCGUAAACACUAUCAUGGUAGCAUAUAGGGUACACUAGAAAAACAUUUAUCUUAUUAAAAUAACCCGCUCAAGAAGAGAUGUGUUACUCCAAUGAUUUCUUAAACCGCGGCCUGAAUUAGACUUUGUCAAAAUAACCAACCAUGAACUUUAACUUUGUUGAGGAUUGUGUUUGAACUUGCGAGGUGGUAUUUUUGUACACUGUUUUUUCCCUUUAGAUCCGAUUGAAUCAAGGCAUCUCAUUGGAUAACAAGUCCACUCCUCCCAUUCCUGUUUUAAUUCCUCCACUGCAGCACUUGGCUACUUGGGUCUUUGAGGUCAGUAUCAGAGGGGAAAAAAUCACUACAUCAGAAACACUGCAUCAAGUAUGAUUUAAAAAAUAUUGGUAACGGCUCCAGGUGCAAGCCUUGCCUUCCAGUUAUUUCCUUAAACAACGACCUUGUCUCUUUUCAUCCAGCUGUAUAAAUGGGUACCCUGUGACAUACUGCCGAGAGGAGUGGUUACCCUGCACAGGACUACCACUGGAAGCAGAAAUGCUCAUAGGUACCUCAUGCUGCAGAAAUCGAGUUAAUCCUCCCAUGUGGCCCUCAUGGCUCGUGUUUCUGCUUUACCUUUGCUUAGGCGUAAGGAAAAAAGAACUCCUUCGAGUGUUCUAUUAUACCCCACUUAAUAGGACCAUUUAUACGAGGAAAAAUAAGACGCGUCUUACAUACGACGCGUCUUAAAUAAGACGCGAACUGUACCAUUUAUACGAGCAUGUCUUAUCUAAUAAGACGCGUCUUAGCUAAGCCGCGUCUUAUUUUCGACGAAAUGUGCCGUUUAUACGGAAAGUUCGCGUCUUGUGUAAGACGCGUCUUAUUUUUCCUCGUAUAAAUGGCCCUAAUGAUGCGUACUAUCCAAUUACGUUGUCGUAUGAAAAAUAAGAGCUGAAAGCCAAUCAGAUUGAAGAAUUUUGUUGUAGUUAUGUGUAAUCAUAGAUUUCCAAUGUUUCGAGCCGUCGAGUUUUCAAAGUAAACUUUUUUUCCUUGGUCAUGUUUCAAACAUAUUCUUCAAUUCUGCGCUCCAUUUUUCAAAUCCUGAUAGUUUAAAACAAAAGUUCUUGGUUUCCUUAGGGAAAUGAGGGAAAAAUGUACCUUCAAAAUUGCAAACCUUUAGGAUUUUUUACACACCAAAGAAUUACGGCCUUAGACUUCAAGUUACAGUGUAAAAUUAUCCGUUUUACAAAGUUACUGGUUGUAACUUGACUGUAUCAGGAGCCCAUCUGAUGGCUGCUGACUGUGUUAAUUCGAGGGGAACAUAAAACCUUUCUGGGAAACAGCCCACCUACCCCUGCCCUAAGCCACCAUUUUGCACUAAGUGAGAAGUAAGUGUUAAUAGGGAGCUUAAGCAAAGACGUUUUUGAGCGACGCACGUCAACCGGAAGUGAGGCCUUCUCCCUUUUUAUAUGCCUGGAAACUACCAAAUUUGUAUUGCUGAGUUUCUUUUCUCCUAUAAAGACGAUUUACCUAAGGGUUUCAACCAAACCACAGCCCAAUGCUGCAAAAAGUCCACUUCCGGUUGACGUCCGUCGCUCAAAAACGCUGUUGCUUAAGCUCCCUAAUGUUGGCUUAGGGGAGGGGUAGGUGGGCAGUUUCCCGGAAACGUAUAAUGAUUCGUGAGAAGUAAGUGUUAAUGUCAAGUGUUGGCUUAAGGGACGGGUAGGUGGGCAGUUUCCCAGAAACGUAUAAUGAUUCGUGAGAAGUAAGUGUUAAUGUCAAGUGUUGGCUUAGGGGAGGGGUAGGUGGGCGAUUUCUCAGAAAAGUGCAUUGAUCCGUUAAUUCGGGGUUACUUUCUUUUUUGUUCAGGCUGCCUCGUUGUCAAUUAAUAAUGAAUUUAAGAGUGGUCGUUUGCUGGCCUACAAAUUGAUGUGUGCUAUGACUGUCUGUAGACAAGACAUGCCUCUUACUCAAGAAUACUUGACACACUUCUACCGUUUAAUGCACAUAGGACUUACAGGUACCGAUCAGGUAAGUGUAGUUUAUUACUAGGUAACUUUGGCUGUUUUCUUUAGAAGGAGGAGUGUGGUUUCAGCGUUCAAAGAAGGUAGUGUCCGAUAGCCCGGUGCUGGCGGAUUUUGCUAUCGGGCUAGAGAAUUUUGCUAUUAACUUGUCCGACGGGCAAGUGAAUUUUUUUGAGGAAUUCAAAUUACAGAAGAACUGUGAAAUCAAUCUGCUCAUCAAAACGUUUUUGGGGCUAGUUGAAAUGAUGUUUGGGCUAGUAAAUGUUAGCUUCAGCUUGCGCGAAUGGAAAGCUGUAAAAAUGACUUUCUUUGCACCCUGGGUUUAUAUUAAGAAAAUGAUCAGGUUUGUUUAGUCCUGUCUUUAAGCACUUAAUUAAACAUGGCGUAGUUUUUAUUCACGUAAUAGCCUCUCUUUAGCUUGUAUGUUUUGUUUUUUCGUAAUAGUCAUCUUCAGAGUCAAAGUGAGUUGUACCACGUCAGUUGAUGGCAUUAAACUCUGGUAAUUUUUCUGAUUGGUCAAUUAAGUCGCGAUGCUAUUGGUCGUCUGUCAAUUAAGCCGUGAUGUUAUUGCCUAUGAAGACUCGUCAUGUCAUUGGUGCGUUUCGAUCCGUCUAUUGUCGAUGUCACAGUUAAACAGUCGUUUAUUGGUAGUAAAUUUGUCGGUUGUCCAGUCAUUCUCUCGUAGUUAGUUUCGCUUGAGUCCGUCGAUAAGUCGUUUGUAUGAUGCCGGUAACUGUUGACUACGAUUCAAAAGCGUUUGUUCUAAGUUAGUAGGGACUUUAAGAUCCAACGACGCGACGGCGACAAGAACGUCGCUUAAAAAGUGAAUUUGCGUUCUUUCAGUCUUUAUAGCGAUUAUUCCUACCCACUUACUUUGUCAAUUGUAGGCAAACCCUCCUGAAGCUGAAUUUCAAGGGACCAUAUUCAAGCUUAGAAAGAGAAAUAAAAUUUCGUCUUUGCUUGUUUACGUCCUCCAUAAAACGCGAAAUUAGGUAUUUUCACGUCGUAGUCGUGCAAAAACGGGAAAGAAAUGUUCCAAAAAGUGUGAUGCACGUGCGAAGUUGUUGUUUUGCUUAUUAAACCAAUUGUUUUUUUGACGUUCUCGUUGUCGUCCGCGUCGUUGGAUCUUAAACUCCCUGGUAGGGAGUUUAAGCAGCAACGUUUUUUAGCGAUCGCAUUCAACCAGAAGUGAGCGUUUUUCUCUUUCAAUAUAUCUUGACGCUACCAAAUUUGUAUUGUUAAGUGUCUAUACUCUUAAAGAGACAUUUUGCCCAAGAAUUUCGUCAAAACCACGGCUGAAGAGUGCAAAAAGUCCACUUCCGGUUGACGUGCGCCGCUCAAAACCGUUGUUGCUUAAAUUCCCGAGUAACAUUCCCAGAAGUCUUUGCGAAAAGUAAACUCGACCCAGUUUCUCUCUCAUUUCUUAAGUGGCGAAUGUUCAGAAUGUUUUCUUGCUAUACUUUUUUCCUUCUAAUUUGCAGGAUGUUACCAGUGCUAUUGUUAGUAGCUGUGCACAUUUCUUCUCAGUGAUGCUACCGAGCUCAAGUCUUUUAAUUCUCGACUUUAUUAAAGCAACUGACGGAAUAAUUAUCAGUCAGAAUAUGGAGGUAAUUUUCUGUAUUUUGUUUCUGUGGUUGAAUAUUCUAUUUUGUCUACAACGGAGGGUUGCAGUUCUCUUGUUUUCAGGCUUAAGGCUCCUUUGUUAACUUUUUUAUUUCAUUGUUUUCCCAACCAAUCCCAAGAGGUCUUCCUAGAGCUGCAAAGUCGUCGCUCUCUUAAGGGGUAAGGGGGCGGGGGGGGAGUGUCCAGGGGAUGGGGAGUUUAUGUAAUUCCCAGGGGCGUUCUGUUCCCAUCUGUCCUAUACAUAUAUUGUCUUUUCUAAAUGUAAAUGUUUUAUUAUUCAUUAAACUAUUUCCAGCUCAAAACAUGCUCACUUAACAGUUCCGUCUUCAAAAUAUUUGCCUGCUCUUUCUGUGAUGUUUAUUUUAGAAGAAAUUCUUUAUACACAAGUUUUGGAUCCUCCGAGUAGUAGUUUCUCUACUCUUGCUAUGUCUUUGAGGUAGUAAUUCGGCUUGAAUAAUGAUGGAGCUCAUCGAUCUAAACAUGCUUACGGGUGCGGGUGAUUGUUCAAGACCCUCUCUCUUGAAAGUAUAGCUUUGAACUAACGGUCGCAGAAAGCAACUUAGGAUUAAGAGCGAAUCUUUUUGCGACUUUUUCUUUGUAUUCUCCAUGUGCUUCCUAUACUUGUUAAUCCACCUUCGGCCUAUUUAUCCGAUAUACUGGGCAAGAAAAAACCCUCCUGAACAACAACAACAACGACAACAACAACAACAAAAUGGCUGCGGAAAGUUUACACCUACUCUUAAGUUUUUUUUAUGCAACAAGCACAAAAUUUGACGUGAUAUACUGUAAUUGUUCUGCAGUUACCAAGAGAAGAGGCAGUCACUCUUGUUGGAUCCCUGUUAUGUUACCCGAAUAUGUUUCCUGACAUGCCACUUCACCAACCUGGGCACCAAACUAAUGAAUAUCAGCACAAGAGUACUGGCAAGGAUAUCAAGGUUUGUUAUCGCAUACUUUAAACCUUAAAAGCCCCUUAUCAUGAAAAUAAGUACUCCCUAGACAGUUCUUAAUUCAUUACUUAACUACCAUUCAGACUUUCAAUUCAGUGGGUUUGAAGUUGUUUGCCGUAUUUGCUGACUUCCAUUCCUCGGAUUUGCUUUUAGGGCUCAACUGAUUUGCUCCCGGCUAGAUGUUGUAGUUGUUUUUAAUUCCUCUUAUAUUGAAUUAAUUAGUAAUUAUUUGUCGAUUUCAUUAAUUUUUUAUAGCUAGAAUAUUCGCUAACUUAAGGUUAAUCCUUUGUAUUGCAUUGUGCAUCCUUUCUGCGCAUAAUUUCGCGCCCAAUUUGCGCGCGCACAUUAAAAAAUGGCGGCUUUUCCCUAAAGUCUUCGUGUGAUAACCUAUCAUUUUUUUUUUCUCCUUAAAAAAAAAUUACGCUCUGCUUUAAGCGCUCGAUAUAGUGAUUGAAUUAAAUGAGUGCUGCAGCGGCAAUGAAUCUGUCAAACAGUUGGUUCAUACUUGAGCUGUGCGCAUAUCGAAAAAUGAACCACUUGAGAAUAUUGGAAAGCACUCGAGAGGCAAGAGUUAACCCUUACGCCGCUUUCGUUCUCUCUUUGUACUUCCUGUGCACUUUAUAUCUCGAUAGUCGCACGCUGACGGAUGAACCAAUUUUUUUUUAUUCGACCCCUUUAGCUAGCAUUGUACCAUAAAAAUCGUCGAGGGAAGUAAUAAUAGAAUAAUUUUUAGCGUUUAUGGCAAGAGGUUAUUUAAACCCUCUAUCUUCAGCGAUUAUUUUCCUUCCUUGUAAUAGACCUUCGUGUGUGGUUAUUCAGAGACACUCAUUAGUUCAGCUUUUGACCCUAGUGCUUAUCAAUCAGCCAAAGCAAAUACGUGUUCGUUGUUUAUGUUUAAUUACUGUUUUAUUUUCCUUAACUACAGGAUAAACUCAUUGGCGCACUCUUGCGAGCAUCAAAACUCGAUCCAUCAUGCAACGCCAGGUUGGUAUCGGUAACUUUCUGUUGUCGCAGGCAAUAGAUCGUUUUCACUCACGUGGUCUGCAGCUAUGCAAAUUUCUUGGACGAAAGGAAAGUUUUUACAUGGGAAAAGAAUUCAGUCCCCAAAGGAAUUUUUCUGCACACCAACAUGGUCGCCGUAUCGUAGCCGUGUACACCAAUAUGGCCACCGUGACGUCAUGUCAAAACUAUAGAUACACCACUUUAGAAACGAGAAGGAAACUGGAGCCGAACUAUGUCCCGCAAUGGUAUCUGGGAUCGUUACUAGUGACGCGCCGGUCAGCUAUUGGUCAGCUACAGUCCCAGAAGUCUUUGCAGAAGUUACCUCAGCCCAGUUGCUCUCUCAUUUUUAAAGUGGUGAAUAAUAGUUAUUUAGUUACGCAUGUCUGGAAAUUUCUUUAAAGUUUGGGAAAGUAGAGGAUGUAACACAAACGAAGGUUGUGCGAGGGGUGGGUCGUAAUGUAUUUUGGGAAAGCGGUAGGUGAUAGCUUUUUCUGUACCCUAACGUUAAUUCAUCAUUGAGACGUUAGAUGUUUACGAUUAAACUCAACGACAAGAAACCAGCACAUAUCUUAAGCCGUGAGUUAACAAUGAUCCGCACCGACCAGCAAAGCAAAGCAGGCAAAGUUGAUUUAUGCAAUUACAUGUAACCCCCUGCAAACCCGGUGGCCACCCCACCCAAGCCUGCCUGCCUGGGGUUCAACCGCUGACCCGAAGUGAUGUUUCAAAGUUAACCUUGCCUACAUUACAAUUUAGCCACAUUAAAUUUUGAGACCAAGUAUUUUUCUUGGAAUCUGUAAAACAUGUUGCGCAUCUUUCAUUUCAGAUGUAUAGCUCUCAAUGCAAUCGGUGUGUUCAUAGUGGAAGAGCUCAUACACUGCAAAGGUCAUCCUAAAGUUCAUGACUGUAUUUGUGUUCUAUUGGCGUCUGUAACUGUAAGUAUUAGUGGGUUUGUUUCACAAAAUACCACCGUCAACUGCCACUCAUAAACUCUGGGCUUGUGCAUCUUCGUAAGGGGUUUUGGGAAUGCUUGUAAACGGAGAAGGGCUUUAUCCGUGGGGGCUUUAAACCGGAAUAGUAAAAGCGCUUCGAAACAAGCUAGCAGUGCUGAUCAAAACACAUUUUGCAUUUACUGGUUUUUAAUUAAGCUUCAAAACGCUCAAUAAAUUGAAUUCAAAGGGGGGCUUAAAAUCGGAGCAAGAGGGGUGGCGCUUAUAGAGAGGGAGGGGGGGGACUUUAGUCGGAUGUAUUCUUUGUUUACAGAGAGAUGGGCCUAUUACUUGGGGGCUGGGCUUAUAAGUGGGGAGGGGAGGGUUAAAAGCGGUUGUUCACGGGAAGCUGUAUUAAUUUCCCUUUGGUACUGCUUCCAUGCUCAUUUGCUAUAAUUUAUUGUACACGGUGGUUAUGAUGCCUUCUUGUAAUGGAAGCACUCCGAUGAAAGCUGAGCAGUAAUUUUCCUGUGGUGCUGUUCAUUAGCUGUACAGUUUGGUUCUAACUUUUGAGUCUGUGAAUAAAAUACUGAAGUGUGACAAUUCAAAUGAAAGCUACCCUAACUGACCCAUACUUGUUCCUGUGGUACUGUUUAUUAUACUGUGUAAAGUAGUUCGAAGUUUUUAAUCUAUGGAUUAGUGUGACUCCUCAACAGAAAGCUACUUACCAGUACUUUUUUGUGGUACUGCUUACAGUUAAAAAUGUACCUUAUUUGAGUUUCAAUGUAUCUAGCACGAAAGUACUUAUUGAGGACACUGUUUUUUUCGUCUCCUUCUGGAGACGGAACCUCCAUUUUGCGUAGUGAUCCGAGCCACACAAAGGUCUAGCCGUUUGAAAGGCAAAGAAAGUACUUCCAUUUCUCAGAUAUUUUACUGCAGACCCUGAGUAUUGGUCCGGUCCCGGGAAUCGAACCCACGACCUACAUCUCUGCGGUCAGGCGCUCUACCGACGGAAAAAUUCCUGCCGCAGUUGAAGUUAAGUUCUUGCGAGAUGAUUACUUUGGAUAUCACUGAAAGCUGUUAAUCAGUUUUUUUGUGGUUGUUAUAUACCCUUUACACAAGGUGUUUUAACGUAGUUAGGUAUAUUCUACCGAUUUGAUUCCAAAUGUAGUAAUCAAAGGGAAAGCUAUUACCAGUGUUAAUCGUGGCGCUAUAAAAUUGCGCUGUUUAAGGUGCUUCUAAAAUUCGAGUUUGUGGAUGAAUCGAAAGUGCGACCACUACUUGAAAGUUGUUGGUGUUGCCUCUUUGGAAAGCAGUUGAAAUUUUGUCUUGUGUGUUUGUUUCUAAUACAAGGUGUUCCUUUUCUUCCAGUUUCACAACAAGUCCAUUUGUCACGUGGCCUGUGAGGUCGUGCACUUUCUCUCUGAGUACUACCAUGAACUGUGUGUGUUUGACCAAAGUCUUCCUCUAAAGAUUGUCGAGGUUGGUAGCCUAACACCUUCGGAAGAGUACAUAAAUCUCUGUGGCAUUAUUGCUUGACUGCCUGUCAGCAAUUCAAUUUUUUACAUAUAAUAUUGUGUUGGGAGUGUUACCCAAGUCUCUUUGGCAACAUAAUCAUCUUCCAAACGUGAAAGGGAUUGUUUGACUUUUAGCGCUUGUGAUUUUCUGACGUAACCGUGCCUUGUGAAUUCAAGCUUGUGGCUGAAGGAUGAAUCAAAGUUGAUAUUUUUAGUCUACGUCCAUUGAAUCCCUCCAUGAGAUUGCGCGAACCUCUUCAGCAGUACCUUUGUAUGGUACUAUAAUACUGUAUAACCAGACUCUAAGUUUUGAGUCUUCUUAGACAGUGCUUCCGUCUGGCUCUAAUUAGUUUUCAGGAGGGGGUGGGGUUGUGAUUAACUGGCUUUUUUUAGGAAUAAAACGCACAGUUGUCUUCCUUUACAGGUUCUUUGUCACGCCAUUGUAAAUCUUCUUCCUGGGGGAGAAUCGAGUCAAGUUCAAGAGAAGCACCAGGUGAGAGUGUAUACGAUGAUAAAGCAAGGUCCACUUCAUAGGAUUUACGCCACGAGUUUUGCCAACCAAAAUUUUAAUCCUAUUUUAGCGCUAAUCGUCCUUUCAGGAACCAGGCCGUGAGACUUUUUUUGGGACAUUUUUUUUUCAUUGGCCAUUGCGAGGUUGCACAGGAAGUUGGUUCUAAAUUUGUUUCCCUAAACAGUCCCUUUGUCCAAUUCGAUACAACGUUGACCCAGUGACGUACUAGCUAAUAGAACUAUCCAUGCAUUUCCACACCUAAGCUUUCCCAAUUUAUCAGUGUCGUCACCUUCAGCUUAUUGUCAAAAUCGUAGCAUGGCGGUUUUAUCUGGCGCACUACUGAGUGGCGAAGCCGCAACAGAGCGCGCGAACGAGCGGUAAAGGUGGCGGUUUCUUGUUGCUCCCCCCCCAAUCUCCUCGAAGUUUCACUGCCCUCGCCCACCUUGGCUUGGUUGCACGCCAGACCAAAACCGCCAUGCUACGCAGGCUAAAAUCUGACCAAUGCUCGACGCCUUUGCUUCACGUAGGUUUUGGUGUCUGUUUUGAUGUGUCUGCUGGACUGGAUUAUGGUGAUACCGGUUUCAAAGCUGAUGUCGAAAACACAUGAAGACGAGAAUGUCAGCAUCCUGUCAAGAGUCUUCCAGGUAAUUGUAGCGAAACCUCUGCUAACGGACCCCCUCCGUAUGCGGAAACCUCCUGUCAGGGGACACUUACCGUAUUUACUCGAUUAAACGCCGCAGAUGGAAGCAAAAUUACCAAUAAACGCCGCACCCAAUGAGAAAAAUUCGGCGUGUAUUCGAUGAUUGUUAGAAAAAAAAAAACUCGAUGCAACUAAGUAAUCUAGACCAUCCAGUCAAUUAGGAUCAUCUCUCAGCAAAACAGAGGGACGUUGGAACUUUAAACAUCUUUCUAUUUUACAUAAUAUGUACAAAAUUUGUAAAUAUUAUCUAAAACUGAAAGAUGUUUAAAGUUCCAAUGUCUUGCUUUUUAAGGUGAGAGAGGAUCGUAAUUGUCCGGAUGGUCUAGAUCGUUUAAUGAUUUAUCGUAGUUCUUGUCAGUGAUUAAAGAAAUGUGAUUUUGAAAUAAACGCCGCCCUUCUACAAACGCUACAUAGGAAACGCUUGAAAUUUGAUAAACGCCGCGGCUUUAAAUCGAAUAAAUGCGAAUAAUGCCUACUUACUUAUACAGGGAAAUAAUGAAGCAGCUCGGAUACAAGGGACUUUGAAGUACCGUCCCUUUACUCGGUGCAUUACCAGACUUGUACGUGUAAACAGUCGGAUUUCGUCUUGAACGGCUGCUUAUUUCUUCCCCGACCAGUUCCGUCUCUUUUGACGCGUUUAAAGUCCAUUAAUCGUAGUCUCAGGCACAUAAAAAUAAUGUAUUUUUUAACCUCCUUCAAGAGGAUACCUCUUUUUAGGAGAUACAUUUUGUGCUCCCAUGGUUUCCAAUUACGGAGGUUUGACAGCACCAUAACCCAAAACAACAUUAGCGGUUAAAGUAAAUAUGACUCGCCACACGUUCCAUAUUUUUUUAAUUUUUCACGAGGACUCAAACUUGAAAUGAGACACGACGGCUGAAACGCUGUUGGCUUUCAUCGAUAACUUUUAUCAAUUAAAUUUAUCAAUUAAUUUAACCACUAGGUUUUGAAGAUGGCUGCUGCUAAUAAAGGUCCCAAAAAACGAACCAAACAGCUAAACAUAUCCACUAUCAUCAGCGGUGAUGGACGACCAAUCAGAUUAGGACGUGUACAGGAAGGAGGCCGAAAUAGCUGCCCUACCCCACCAGCCCUGUUACUGACCCGCUCUGACAGUGGCUCUGAUGAAGGUAACAUGCCUACUCGAUAUUCGUUUUGUGGUUGCGUGGAACUGGGUCGGUGUUGGCCUUCGGGUGCACUAUGGGACUGUUUAGGGGACGAGAAUUGGUCAGUUUCCCACCAACCUUUAACAGCCAAUUAUGAAGAAGGCGUCCCAAAAAUAGUACCAUGGUGCAAUUUGGUACAACACCGACAGUCACCGAAACCUCAAAUGGCCAAUUGCCAAGUUUGACACACAGAAUGAACAUAUCAUAACGGGUUUGUUGGAACAGGCGUUGCACCAAGUAGUAAUCGGUGCAACCUUCGUCAUACCUGAGAGGUUGCGUGACGAUGAUCUUGAAAACUCGAUGUUUCACGAGAUUUUUGAACAACUGAUGCUUGUCCAUUUUCUGAUCGCUAAUAUUUCCUUAUAGUUACGACACGCAGAGAGCUGAAUAAAGGCUACUUAGAUUAACAGGCUCUUGAUCGUAGAAGUCAAAUUUUAUUUACCAUUUACCUUUCUAUGAAAUCCUUAUGCAGGUGAAACAAAAUGUAAACAAUGACGUCAGCGUCCCUUAUAUGCUGCAAAAUUCUCGAGCUAUGGGUUACACAACUGCACUCGCUUUAAAUUCUAAAAUUUUCAUAGCAUGUAUUUCCUUUUUGAUGCGGACCUUCGUCCUUAUUAUAUAUUACAAUAUUUUUUUGCUGAAAACAUCAGUUAAUUUAACUCGCAACACUCAUCUGUUGUUUUAUUCUGCUCUGUAGAAAUGGGUGGACAAGAUACUUUUGACUUCCCACCCAAGUCGGAUCCUGUGGAGCUAACAGCUACAGCGGUGCGUAACUUGUGUCUUUAUGAUAUCGCUACAGUUGAUGUACCCCCCUUCCCCCCACCCGCCAAAAAGGACAACAAAUAUUAGUCAAGAAGACGGGAUGUGUUGGCGUAAAUAAGAAAAAUGUUGAAUGGCAUUGGAAAGUUAAGCAGUGUAUCAACAACAAAUGUCUGCAGGAGAGACGGAGAUGUUCUGUUAAAUACACUAGAAGAUAGCUGAGUUACACACAAGGGUUCCUUUGUUCCUCAAAACAAAAUUUACAUCAAUAUUACCACCAUAUAUGUUAAGUGUAUGGGGUAGUCCACUAAAAUUUGCAUCCCGGCUUUACUAAUAUCCACAAUAAAUACACUUCCACAUUCAGCGAUAGCAUGUAAUGUAUCAGGCUUCCAAAAGCUGCAGGGCGCAAGACUGUGCUCUAAGGAAAAUUUUCAAGCAUUUUAGCUGGGGUGCCCAGGCCUAAAGAUGGUCGCCCAAAUGAAAUUUUAGUUAGGGUGCCCAGGCCUCCAGGUUGGUCGCCCAAGUUAAUAAAUCAGUGCGUUGUUAGUUGAUUAUUUUCUAAACAAGACAAGCAAGGAACAUAUGAGACACAGGGGACACGAGGAGGGCAGGGAACACAGGGGACACAAGGAGACACUGGGGAGACAAGGGACACAAGAGGACACAAGGGACACAGGGGACAUGGGACACAAGGAGACACAGGGGACACAAUGGACACAGCGGACAAAAGGGGAUACAGGGGACACAAGGAACACAAGGGGACACAGGGACACAGGGGACACAAGGGACACAGGAGACACAAGGGACACAGGGGACACAACGGAACACUGGGGACAUAGGGGACAGGUGUGACACAAGGGACACAGGGGACAUGGGACACAAAAGGGGACACAAGGGGCACAAUGGACACAGGAGACAAAAGGGGACACAGAGGACACAAGGGGACACAAGGAACACAAGAGAACACAGGGGACACAAGGGACACAGGAGACACAAGGAACACAAGGGGACACAGGUGACAAAAAAGGGACAGAGGACACAGGGACAUAAGGGGACACAGGACAGAGGACACAAAGGGACUCAGGGACACAGAGGACACAAGGGAACACAGGGACACAGGGGAGACAAGGGGACACAUGGAACACAAGGAGACACAGGGGACACAAGGGGACAAAAAGGGACACAGGGGACAUGAGGGACACAAGGGACAGAGAGGACACAGGGGACACGGGACACAAGGAACACAGGACACAAGGGGACACAGGGGGACACAAGGGGAUGUAGGGGACACAGGUGACAAAAGGAACACAGAGGGGACACAAAGGGACACAAGGGGACAUAAAGGGACACAGGACAGAGGACACAAGGGACUCAGGGGACACAAGGGACACAGGGAGACAAGGGACACAAGGAGACAAGGGGACACAUGGGACACAAGGAGACUCAGGGACACAAAGGGGACAAAAGGACACGGGACAUGAGGGGACACAAGGGACAGAGGACACAGGGGACACGGGACACAAGGAACACAGGACACAAGGGGACACAAGGGGAUGUAGGGGACACAGGGGACACAGAGGACACAGGGGACACGGGACACAGGGAACAUGGGACACAAGGGAUAGAGGAGACAGUAAUUAAGAUUGUGGUCAGUUUAGGUAAUUUUUGAUAAAAAAAUGUUUGUGUCAAAAAAUAAGGACACUAUUCUUUUUACUCAUCACACGAGGUGAAUUUGCUUGAUAUUUUAUCAACUUCUCCCCACUACUUCCGUAGGAAAUGAAUAGGGGCAACAAAUGAGAUUUCAAAUUUGGAUCCUAGGUUUUAAAGGGUUAAGAGAGAGUUGACUGUAUCCUGAAAAUUUUAAAACGCUGUGACUAAGACAUUAUGCGAGAGGUGGGCUGUGUAGGGUGACGGGCACUUGUCGAAUGUCUAAAUUGUACUGCAAUUAAUUUCAGGUAUUAACGCACUUGGUCAAUCAUCUUGGUCACUAUCCCCUUGGCGCUGGUCCGUCGAGAAUGGACAGUUUAAUCAGCGAACAUGAAGAUAAUCCAAGCGUGGAAGAAAAUGAGCUCUUGUCCAGUAUUUUGUCUGCUCCUAAUGUGCAGGUCGGUUCCAUAUCUGCUGCUGACAAUUCUUAUUUUUCUUCCUCUUCUUCACUCCAAGGUGUUCUUACUUGAUUUGUUUCGUUCCUUUCAGUUUUUUGCACUCAAUGACAGGGUAUUGAUAUCUUUGGUGGAACUUACACUAGAGGUGAGAUGCUUAAAUUGCCGUUUGGAUUGAAAUCCUGAACUCUUCUCGACUUCUUCGAGAGCAAGCGACUGGCAAAAAGGUAUAGGGGAGAGGAGGGUGAAGCAGAGCAGAGCAGAGAGGGGAUGUGUAAUCAGUUUUUGAGCCCUGUGCAAUGGGUGGGUUGGCGUCUCGAUCUCUAGCCGCCUUCGCAAAGUUCCAGGGGUUGUUACUCCUUCGUGACGAGUCAGAAAGAACGUCUUACAAUGAGGCUAAUCCAGGGCUGUCACUGAAGACCCGGAGCUGAGGAUUUCGCCCUGCUAAUACAAGCAUGACCCCUGGCUACUUUCAUAAUAAACAAAGGGAAAAUGAAAAGAAAAGAACUUCCUAGCUGUUCAAUUCCCUACCUACUAACUGCUUGUAUCCGGCAACUUGAAAUCUUACUGACAACCCUGCUAUCUUAAUGACAACAGAUGAUUAAAGGUUGAUUGCAGGAUCUUUCUAAUUUUUCCAGGACACACCUGAUUCUGUCGUGUACCAGGCCCCCGCGAGCACAGCGGCCACACAAGUUCGAAUGAUCACGAGGGAUAUGACGGGUAAAAAUGUUUGGGACUUAACGCUAUUACACGGGUCUUCGGCUACGCAUAAUGGGCAGUACCAAUAUACUGGUAAGAUAAUGUGUGAUAGGUUGUUCGAGUUCUGGUUUUGUGGCUAAAAUUGGCCAUUAUUUGUUGUAAGGGCUAUGCUUAAUAUUCUUUAAGCUUCAACUUGGUAGUUAUCAAAUCAGGAAAGUGAAGAAAUUAUAUUGCUAGCUGUACCACUGAAAACAACAGUCAAAGUCUUGUGACUGCUAGGCCGACACCAUGAGCCGUUCUUAAAUACUUUGUGCCCACUGUACAACGGUCCAUGUGUAGACGUCUUCCUUCUUCCUUUGUUAAUCUUACUGACUUUGUUUCCGUAAUCAGGAGCAAUGUGCCAUUUUUGGAAAGGUCACCUGUAUAGUCGGCUUUCUCUCUGUCCUCUCAUUUCUUAUUUUCUUGACGAAGCUCUUUUGCAGUGGGUGGGUGAAGAGGGCCAAUUGCUUGAGGAAUUAUUUGCACUAAUUCACUUAUAAACUCACUUUUUGUAUAGACUCUUUUACACUCUUAUUUCAAGUAACCAUAAUCGGUCAUCUGACUCAACAGACAAGACAAUUUUGUUUGAAAUUUAGCUUAGUCCUGAAUUAACGUUAACUAUCUAUCGAGCAGCCCGUGUCAGGGUGGUGAAACGAGGCCAUACACAUCCAACGAGCCAAAUGGCUUCUUGAAGGAGGCCACAUUAGCUCUUUACCACCCUUGUGUUAUUCAUGUUCACUUUCUGAUAUUUGAUAAACCGCAUUUUGUGGUCUAUGUCGAUUUAUCUGUCAUCCCUCUUUUUCCCGAAAAGAAGCAACAAAUAACCAUUCAAUUGAAGAAUUGAUCGAUGAAGAAGAUGCAAGCCGUAGUAAAUAUCAUCCACUCAUAAAAGCCAGGAAAUGUUCAACACCUGUUCCUGAUGAUAGACUCGAUGAGGUGAGCCUUUCAUGUCUUUGUUUCUGUGUCAUUGUGAGUAAGUAAGUGUUAAUUUAGCACCGUUCCAUGCGGCUCCUACUGGAGACGGAACCACCAUUUGUAUGUUGUCAAUCGAACCACGCAGAAGUAAAGCUGUUUUCUGGGCAAAGGUAGCUCCUUCUUCCUCGGUUGUUUUUAGACUCCGAGUAUUGGCGACCCCGGGAAUUGCGCCCGCCACCUCCUGUUCUGCGGUACAGCGCUCUAUCAAACGACUAAGCUAACCGUUUUCCUUUUUCUUCCGUUCUUCCUUCUUUAAUGCUACGCUUAGUCCCCUGCUUCCUUAAUAGUUAUUUUCCCUUAUCUCCUUGCCUGCUCACUCCUCCUCUUUAUCUUCCUUGUCUUUCCUUUUUCUUAUUUUUUAUGUUUUAAACUUAAACCACUCUUUUUUGAGGAUCCUCAAUGGCGAACGUUCCCGGGGAUUGUUGACUAAUGACCAGGCCCACCUUCAAUAUCAUUUAAAACUGAACCAUAGUCAUACUAGGGGUUUACUUAAGAAUCCAGGAGAAUCUCACCGUACGAAAUAUUGUAAAACAGCGCCUUGAAACAAUGGUGAACUUGGAGAAAUGUAAGAAAUAAGAAAGAGCAUUUGCUGGAAAUAAUUUAAAUAUGGGUCACAUUAGAAAACACACCAUUUGUUCCUUUUGUAUUUGAAGCUCCUGUGGGCAGGGCAGAAAAACCGCUGAUUGGUUGCCGUUUUUCGCGGCAGUUUGUGCUCUCCGCUGACCAUCUUACAACGAAUCAAGUAGUCUACAAAAAGAGCAAAGUUUGAAGCCAAAUACAUAGUUAACCAUGACUAGUUCGGUGAUUAUGAUCUGAUAUUCCCAAACUAGAACUCAUUGACAGGCGAUGUCAAGAGUUGUAGCGAAAUCAGAUUAGGAAUACACUUUAGGGUGCUUGCUGAAAAUGCGCGGGACAGUGUGUAGUUCAUAGAGACAUUAUACGACCAAUAGCUCUUAAACAAUUUGCAAAAAUAAGAAACAGGUGGAGUAUUUAAGGUUCACAAUUCGACCAACCAAAAGGCUAAAAGCCAAGAAGCAAAAUAAAAAUACGUAAAAAAAUCGAACAGUACGUUUUUCUGUGGCUUGCUGUUUUUUGUUUUGCAUCCCCUCGCGGUGACAACACUCGAACGUAAUCGCCGGUGAGAAGCUUCGACAAAUGUACAGCCAAUCUUACCUCUAAAAGGAUCGAUCCUCUUGCACUUAGAAGGUAGAUAGCAGCGCAAAAUAUAUUUCCUUGGACAAGUAAAAAAGGAAAAGAUUUGUAAACAUCAAACUCUUCGCCAACGGCUUGUGUCCACUUACUGACUGGUAGGCGCCAGCUUCCCGGCCUCAUGCUUUGCGCGGGAAAUUAUGAAUGAAACAAGCUUCAAAAAUGUCCAAAAAUAGUUACCGACCGCUUCACUGUCAAGUUCCGGUCUUUUUGCGUGCGUUUCCGGCGGAAAAAGAACGUCCAAAGUUGAUUAAAUAAUGGAAAAUGUUUGUGAACGUGGCUCCAGAUUAAGAAGCGUGUCAGAAAAGUGUUGGGGUGCCACUAAUUACUAUUCGGGAAAAGAGGCUGUUUUACGUGGCUACUCUAGGCCGGUUUGGCUAUGUUUUGGUCAUGCAAAAAAAAUUGCAAGUGGAAAGUCAAAGGAGGUGCUGUUUUCCGAGUGAAAAUGCCUGCACGCAAAGGAACAAUUUACUGCCAUGUCCGCAGAGGAUUCUCACCGUGGCAACAAACCUUGAAAACUACCAAGGAGGCGCAUUUCUUUGCCCAGGCCACCUAAAUCUCGUGGACGAAGCUCCCAUAUUUACCAACCACGCCCUCUACAAACCCCCCUACUACGAGAAAGGUAUGUUUCUUUUACACUCAAACAACAGUCAAAAUGUACUGAAACAGAUCAUACAUUCUUAGUUUUGUUUUAGAAAAUAUUCAUAUUUUGCAUUAAAUUUUGCCCUAUACAUUUGUAGACAAAAUGUACUACUUCAGUCCUAUGUACUACCCCAGAAAAGAAAACAACUUGGAGGGAUGGAACCUCUCAGACCGCCCCUUUGCAGAGUGUUAAUGAGCUAGCAGAGGCAAAACAAUUAAUCACCAAAUUACAGCGCGAAAAGGCAGCAGUAAAAAAGAAAGAUGCAACAAGCUAGAAGGUAUUGUAUUGACGUACUCUUAAUUUCCACACAUUCAAAACAAAGAUGACUAGUUUCAACCUUUAAUAGAAAUAUUUUUUAUUAAUUUUCAGAGCCAACAUUUGAUGAGCAGUUCAAAACGUUCCACAAGUGUCUCACUAAACAUUACAAGGAUGGAGGGCAGCGGCUAUACGACCCUGCAGACAUGGAAAAAUUUGCCAACAAAGUGCACCCCUGGAUUGUUCGACCGUGCCUUGUGUCUAGUCAAGAAUGAUGAAAAACAACAGCUUUCUAAGAAAAGACACGAAAUACAGAGACUGCGAGUUGUGGCACUGCUUCAUCAGCUGUCUUACUUUAGAAACCAAGUGUGUAUAAUAAUAAUAAAAAAUAAAAUAAAUAAUAAUACUAAUAAUGAUAAUGGUAAUGAUAAUAAUAAUAAUAAUAAUAAUAAUAAUAAUAAUAAUAAUAAUAAUAGCAGGAACCAUACUUUAGGAAGACACUUAAAUUAAACACCAUGGUGUGUAAUAGACAGAAGUGUUGCUUGUUUGUUUUCAACAGGAAAACAAUCGCUUACAACAAGACUGUGGGUUGCACUUGUCCUUUCAUGGUGCCAGUGAUGAUGCUUUGACAGCUGGCUCACUUCUGGGGUUUAGCACUCACCCGAGAAGUGUGCUAAAUCAUAAAAAAGGAUUGUCUGGAAAAAGCAUUCACAAGACACAAGCCAUCGUUGAGAGUGCCAUAAAGGUACAUGUAUUUACAUACUGAAACAAUUCAUUAUUAAACAUCUGCCACUGCACAACACCCUGGCCAAAACAAUAAGUUGACACAAGGUGAGGUGGCUGGAUGUGAAGAAGCAGGGGCUAAAUAGAAGGCACAAGGACCUUGUGACAAGGAGACAAAAACAACAAAAAUAGAGUGAUUUUAUUUGAACCGUGAAACAGAUAGUAACAAACAGUGCAAAAUAGCAAGAGGUAAACAACAGAAGACAAUGGAAUUAAUACAUAAUAGUGCGUAGUAUUCUAAAAAGCUGUUUCACGGUUUAAGUAAAAUGACUCUAAUUUAUCAGUCCAUAGAUGUACACUGAUCCAGUUAAAAAUUUCCUCCCCAACAGAGUUUCUUCUUGACUUGUUCAUCUCUGUGAGGCAAAACCUUGGAAACUCUGCAAAAAUACCCAGAGGACAAAAGGAAAUAUCAGGUAGAAUCAAUAUCGCUGUAACAACCCAUUCCAUAACAAAACAAAGCAUUUCCUAUACAAGAUAUACCUGAAACAAACCUUUAUCUUUUUCCAAUGUAGCCUUAUUAUCUACCCUCUCUUGAUGCAACCGUGGACCAAAGAAGCUUCCCCUUAGGGUAUGCCUGGAAGGGUCAAGAACCAGACCCACUGUUGGCUUGUGAUGCAGCAGAUUGCAGAGCAGAUGACAAUCUCCUACUUGCAGUUCAGCGCUUCAACUGUGGCCACACAUUUCAAAAGUUGUCUUGGUAGUUACUCAAACUGUAACGAUCAUAACUACUCAAUACUGUGUGGUGUGUCAAGUGCUCCAUUUGCUCUGAGCAACUUCCUUUAAGAAUCCAAGAACUUGCAGACAGUUUCAACAAAAGGUUUACUGGCAGGAAAUGAUGAAACUGACGGAAGCAAUGAUAAUCAUGAUGACGACGACGAUGAUGAUGGAAGUGGCAACUCAGAUGAUGAUGACAGUGAUGAUGAUGAUAGCAAACCUGAUACACUAGCAAAUAAGAUACUCAUUAAAGCAAAACAAUCCCUUUUGCAUCUUCCACAAAGUGCUUUAUUUAAGUACAGCAACAAAAAUUCCAAGAAUGUAAACUCCACCGACUCUACUGGAGAAGCAGUAAUUGUUAAUACUAGUAUGGUGUGUGUCACAUGUGGCAGGGUCUGUAAGAGCAAAGGGGGCUUGACUCAGCAUCAGAACACCCACAAAGGGGUAAAUAGUUAAGUGUUUCCCUGAAAUGAGAAUAACAAAACAAUAAUCAUUUCCUUUUUUAGAAGCAAAUCCAAACAAAUAAUACAAGCCCUUUGUUUCAUGUAAAAUACCUUGAAUAGGAAUAGGCAUGAUAACACAGGAGAGAAACCUUGAACAAUGCCUUUGUUGUUGCCUUUGUCUUGCUAUAGGUAUCUCAAAAUAAUGCAACUAGCUAGAUAACAAAUAAGUGAUCUUGUGCUUGUGCUUGCAUUUGGAAUUUGGUCCAUACAAUAUUAUAUGAGAUCUUUGCAUUAUAGAAGAUUAACUCAGCCCAAGUACUAUGCCAGUGAGAAAAAUAUAGUGAUAGUCCUGUCGAGAAUACUAAUAAGGGACAAUGUGAUGUACAGGAGUAAGAUAGUGUCUUCAAAAUAUUCGAUGUUAUUUUGAACAUGUAAAUAUAAUAAGAUUUUCACUUCAAAAUACCACAUUGUAUAUGAGCAAGGAUUGUGUAUAACUCUGCUAAUUCUGGAUACAUGUAAGCUUAAAAAUUCAUCCUUAAAAUUUCACCUUUCUUUAAAACAACCUAAUUUUGUACAGUAAAAUCAUUCCAAAUCUAAAUCAGUCCAAAAACAAAGUUAUUAACUGUAUAAAUCAGUUGGUAUAAAUUGAUCUAAAGAAAUUACAAAUUGGACAACGCGUACAAAAAAAUAAUUUCGCUUCUAGCGGAACAAUGUAAACAAUUCACACCAAGGAAUUCAUUGAACAGUGUGGAUAUAUAUAACCUAGAAUCAAAAGCCCAUUAAACUUGUAACUCAGGGUGCUAUGAAGUGCUAUUUUGUUUGAAAGUUUGGUUACUUUUAGCAAUGGCUUCGCCAACUGUUAGGUGCCGCAUUAUACGCCUGCACGCAGCGCACGCUGCACCGCCGCAAUCUCGUGGAGGAUAAAUAGCAUUCAAUGCAAAUUUCGGUUAACUCAUUAACUCUGAAAACGUUCACUAUGUCAAAAGACGAAAAAUGUCUUACCUUUAAACUCAGUUGUGUAACUAUCGGAUCACCGAGACUUGUUGCAGGAAAACCAAACAAUCGCGUAGAAGAAAGUUGAUCGAAAAAAGCACAUGGUUUGCUUGGCACGACUCCGUCCGUUUAACGUAAUACAAUCACAAAGAUUACCUCAAGGCGAAGCAAAACAAAAUGAUACCAUUAUAUACAAGACCUUUCAGUGAUGUAUUUCAACACAGUGCUCUUCAAAUUUCCGCCAAAUGUCUCACAUUCAUGAUCGCUCGAUUGUAGCUCCUUCGGAUCGCUCAUUCUUUUGAACCAACAGCAUCUGCAUGUGGUCAGCGGAAGGCGCAAGCGCAUGCUCUCAGUGGAAUUUUUUUAACCAAUCAGCGGUUUUUCUGCCCUGCCGCUCCUGUGUAGUAUUGGAUCCUCUAGCCACGAGUGUCUAUUGCACCCAGACCUCUCUCUGAAUGAACCCGGCCCCAACCCCGAGGGUGUGUUGGGAGACAUGGAAUUUGACGUCAUUGACGCUGUCCUGGAACAAAACUUCAGCGAAAAAAGACGUAUGGAGAACGAUGUUAAUGAACCGAGGUUCGUACUUUUCACCUAAAGCUCAGUCGUUAUUUAGUUGAUAUCUUAGGACUGCUACUCUGCUACACAGCCGUUCUUUGUUUCGUCACGCAACGCUCCUCUCCCUCCUCUUCCUCCUGUGAGAAGGAGCGUUGCGUGAGGAGACAAGGAACGGCUUUGUAACAGACUGUAGGACUGCUGAACCGGGAACAAUUAGCCCGCACACAAGCUCUCCAUUUGGGUUAUUGUGAAAAGUCACGCGGGGGCGGCGUCACGCGAAAGGAGACUCGAGGGAGGGGUGAGAAAAGAAAGGGGGGCUGUCCAUUCCCUCACCCUUCGCGGCUUUGCUGCUCGCUUGCGCGAACUUUCGCAGCGCGCUUCGCUUGCCUUUCGAAAUGGAGAGCUUGCUCGCAGGCUACGGAUUAAUUAGAGCAAUUUAUAAUUUGCGAGAAUAAUUUUAAUUUCUGUUUGUUUUGUAGUUUAUCGUCGCUUGCAGCUUCUCCUCCCCCAUAUGAAGUUCCUAUGUCACCAUUCCAGUUGUGCCGGUUUGUAGUUAGUCAGACUGGUUUGAUAGCUUCAGAAAAAAGGUGAGAAAAUUAAGAGCCUGGAUCAAUAUUACAGACAUGACAAUACCUUUUGCGUUUCUUUGUUCUUAAGGAGGUGCAGUGAUUUGAAGUAAAAGAUAGUGUAACAAUUUCAUUUCACAUUUGUGUUAAAUUGCAGAGCAAAAAUCGAUCUUCUGAGAAGGAAUGACCGCUUUUUGCGUGAGUUAAAGAGCCUAGAUAAUCGACGCAUGUAAGUAAACAGAGAGCAUUUAAUUGAGCUACUUUAAGUGUGCUCAACAUAUCAGAGCUUAUGGCAAAUGGUAUGUACUUGGAUAGUAUACUCUCUUGUAGGAGUUUUAUAAAAUCUUGUUGUUGUUGUGGUCGUUUUUUGAUGAAGUUGGGGGUGGUUUUUUUGUUAGCCUGUUCGUGCCAAGCUCUCAGUUGCUGGGACGUCGCGAAAACAAACUUUAAGCGAAAAUAGGACGCGCGUGAUGUGGGGAAGAGGACGGUGGCGGGAAAGAAGAAACCAACACCUCUCCCAACCCCCUCCCGCGUUUUUUCGCAUUAGUUUCUCACGAUCUCUGCAAAUUACUAUCUUGGAGCCUGCAGCUGGCUAUUUGUAACGCUUUUUAUUGUUAUUUGUUUCAGUCGUGAGACGCACAAAGUAGCCCUACUUUACGUGGCCCAGGGUCAGGAAGACAAAACUUCUAUUAUGUCCAACUCUGUCGGUAGCGAAGAAUAUGAACGCUUCGUAGCAGGCCUAGCGUGGGAGGUACUGACAGUGUAACGUAGAUAAACCCUCAAGUUAAAACACGCAUGGGGAGUGGACAGCACGGUGGUCCGGUGGUCCAGUGGUCCUGAGAUUCUGAAUGCAAAUCAUUUUCUUUCUUUUAAGAAGCCAAAAAAUAAAUAUAACUUUCGAGUGUACUUUUAAGAAACGUUAGUGGCAGGCGCUCAAACGCGCAGGGAAAAGAAGAGUUGUACUCGCGAGAAGCGCGUAGAGAACGUAAGCACAAUAGAAGAGUCUCUGAAGUGAAGACACCACUCCCUUCUCUCGCGCGUCUUUCGCCCUUCCGCGCGCGGCUCAGCUUCCAUUUCUGUUUUCCCGCGCCAAGCAAAGGCUUUGCCUCAGAAACAAGCUAAGCACUUUUACCUAUUCUAUCAGCAGUUUUCUUUGGGUCAUUCUCAAUAAAAUUAUUUACAAUCUGUGUUUUUAUCAGGUGGAUCUUUCCACGCACACAGGAUUUCUUGGUGGAUUGAGAGAAAUCUCUCGACUGGUACCACUGCCCCAUAUUACUGUAAUUCAACUACUGAAGUGAUGUUUCACGCGUCUACUAGGAUGCCGUUAGCUACCGACAGCACCGGCUUCAACAAAAGGUGAAACGUCCUUCCAUUUAAACUAUAGUAGUAUAUUGCCUUACUAAUGUGACCGCACCCCAUUCGAACUCAUUAAAAUAACCCUUUGUGGGGUUUAUUAUUGUACCCUCCCUUCUGUUAAAUUAAGCGCGGAAUUUCAGUCAUUGCGGAAAGUCGUUCGUUAUUUAGAAAAAGUUCUCUUUGCUGCUGCAUUUUUGACAGCAUUUUGUCGCUGAAGAGCGCUUAUCUGUUAUCGCACGUUUUCUGUAAUAAGUUGCGUCUUUGCGGCACUCAUUUCACGUCCCAUGCGUCCGGUUUUUCUAUCCGUUUAUUGCAUGUUUCCGUGCACCAAACGCACGUUCCUUAAGUUCUGCUCGUUCCUUGUACCACUUGAACCCUUUCUUGCGGGUCGUAUGUCUCCUACACUAUUCCUACACCAAGCGUACACUUCCUGUACCAAUAUCAUGUUUAUCCGCUCCUGUCGCUGUGCGCGUCGAAAAUUGAUCAGUAUAUGCCUCAAUCGAGCUUACGAUAUUGUUGUUUCGUCAGGUCCGUCACCUUGGCAACGAUGAAGUUCAUCGUGUGGUCAGAGCAUUACAGAGAUUACAGGCACGGCAUCGUAAACACUGAGUUUGCGGAUGUGAUGAUUGUGAUUUACCCACUGGAGAACCGCCUGUUUAGAAUUCAAAUCAUCAAGAAACCCCAGGUUGAAAAGCUAUGCACGAUAAAUGGUUCGCCACUUUCGAAACGAGAAAAGAACUGGAGCCGAAAUACGCCCGCAGUUGUUCCUGGGAUCGUUACUGGGGCGCGUCUCGUAACAAUCCCAGAAGUCUUUGCGAAAUUUCACUUGGCCAGGAGCCCAUCAUCGGCUCCUGACUUGGUCCUGUUUUCUUCGUUUUUAAAGUGGCGAGUUGCGAUAACUUCGUAGAAAAAUUUAAAAGAGAAAAGGAGAAUUGAAAAAAGCUAAAUAGAAAUAAGUUAGGCUAGUACGACAUUAAAGGGAUCUAGUCUGACGAAUUAAGCAGAAAACAUCUUAACAGUGGCAAAUUUAUCUUCUUUCUCAACUUAACUGAUGUCAAAAUAAUAGCUAAUUAAUUCUUAUUUCACUUUUUGUGCGACAGCGUUGAGCUACACGUAUAUAAACGGACGCAAAAAGCUCCCAACAUAUUUGGGCUCAACAUUGUCCCAACAAUGUUGCAAAUUGUUGCGUCCGUUUGCACGUAGCUAAAAAAUUAGAUGGGUUUCAAACUUUAGGUAGCAAAAACCAAUAACACGGCCACAUUUAAAAUCCCAAACAGCAGAAUCUCAUAUAAUUUCACCCCGUUAAUACGGCCAAUUUUUUUAUCCAUUGGUGACCAUGUUAACGGGGUUCCACUGCAGUUAGCCUGUUUGUACCGUUGUGCUCCGAGAUUCUUUCAAAUAUUCUUUCUCAUUGGUCCCCCGAUUAUUCGUAUCUACAGUUAAUUGCGAUUGAUGCAUUACUUUUCUUUUCCCCGCUUCUUCCUAGGUCCCAACAUUCGGACCCCUGUUUGAUGGCGCCUUAGUGGACAGACAAGUUUUACCAUCUCUCGUCAGGGCUACGGCCAUCAAUGCAAGUAAAGCAAGCCGGGAGCUUCUUCCGGUCUAUGAGCGAUAGUAUCCUUUCUAUAAGUAAACAGAGAGAGUGGGCGUCUUGCAGGUUAUCUGUUUUUGGUGGGGGGAGGGGGCGGGGAGGGGGACGACGCGCCUGGCGAACGGGUAAGAACGCGUGCAGCGAACCGCCGGGUUGUAACUUCUUGCUUAAGUAAGACAAAAUAAAUCCGGAACCAAACGCGACAGCUGAUGCCCGGACAAAAGAAAAGAAAGAUAGGCUCAAGCCAAACGUCAAACUUUUCAUAAGAUGAACCAAACUUAGUGAGUUACGUUCAUGACAAGUUUGAUGUUUGGCUCAGUUAAGUUCGUCUGAAUGAGUUUGGAUCGUCCAACACGUUCUAUCCGUCUGAUUUAGUAACAGAACGGGAACGUCAGUUGACGACGGCGCGCGGAAAUUAAACAACUGGCUUGACCAAUGGCAGAGCGGCAAAUUGGGCACCGGAAGUCGUGUUUAGUCCUUUCCGUGCGCUUUCCCGUCGUCAACUGACGUUCCCGUCCUGAUGCUAAAUCAGCCUAAUCAGACUGAUAGAAGGUCUGAGAAUCGUCUCUGAGACAAACGUCGAAAAUGAGUCCGAGACAAACGUUGAAUUCCUUAUGACUGGUAAGAAAAGGAUCGCCAAGGUCACUGAUAAAACAUUCAGCUACUGAAGUAAUUGUAUCAGUCGCAUAAAACAACCAUAAUUGGAGCUAGCGCAGCUAUCAUGCGACCUUUUUGAUCGCUGAUUUAAUUGCAUUUUGGCAUCAAAUAUUAUCUAGGGUGACUUAUUCGUCAUCUAGUCACGUUCUAUGUUUGAAGUUUUCUCUUUAAUAACCCAAUAGCUACGAAGAACGCGAAAAAUGCAUUGAACGUAUAGUGAAGAACCACAAGGAACCCACAACAUUCGAAGAAUACUCCUCACUCGUGUUUUGCCCUGUGCCCAGGUCCCCUGGAAGUGAACCUCCCACUCCGCUGUUGUCAGCGGCUGAACGCUAUCCUAUGUUGCGCACGCAGACGGCGCCCAGUAGCAGUUUCUCUGACAACGAAAAAUCGUCCGUUCGAUUUCGAUCAAAAAGUUCGGUGACGUCUCCAAGGAUAUUGAGUAGCAAACUUGGUGAGUACUAGAUUCAUGCACUAUUGACGCCAACUGGCUCUUCCUUUGUGUGGCUGCAGAUGUUUCGGCGUUUUACCAGACUUGAGAACGACAGCUGCUUGCUCACUACAAGUAAUGUUACACGGGACGAUUCGCAAUGACGAUUUUUAGCGCAGCACAGAUUUACAACGUCGUAGCCACAUUGUUUCGAAUGGUGGCAACAUAGUUCCAACAUCGCAAUGGCAUCUUGCGAUAAAAGUCGUGGUUGCGAACCGUCCUAUUUAACAUCACCUUACAUCACGCGGCAGCAAAAUCCUGCUUUCAGUUCGCCUCCAUCCCAGCGGCUACUCCGGGAAUUUCUACCCUUAGUAAUGACGGAGAGGGAAGAGAGGAGGGGAGAGGUUAAUUUUAGGGAGGAUAUCUUUAGGGCGCAAUUGUAUUAAAAGUAAUAACAGCAUUGUGUGAUUCUGAUUUUGGAGUGAAACGUACCCUUCUCAGAAGAACCCUGCUAAGAAGAACCGUCACUUUAAAUCUCCCUCUUGCUGGAAGAAUUUUUUAGUUUCCCUUGCCAGUUUGUGUCAUCGGGCUUCUACCGUAUGUGCAAGAGAUUGUAAUUUUAUUUUGACAAAAGUUCCAUUUCUCUCCAGCAUUCAAAGAAGAAGACAUGGCGUUAACGUCUUCACUCCCGGAUGGAUUAGACAAUGUAGCGGAGGGAGCGCAGUCUGUUACGGAUGGCAGUAAUCCUCGUACAGAUAAAAAGAGACUUUCCAUUCGCUUGCGGAACAAACUGGCAAGUCUAAACGCCGCGCCCUAGUGCCGACAGCGACUAAAGUUAAUAGGAAAAGAGUAUUUUAUUAAUAAUUUCUGAGUUAAUAAUUCAUUCUUCGAAGAUUGAUCACUGUUUGAGUGUUCAAACUAAAAAAAGAAAGGUAAAACAAAAUUUUGCUUCAUUGUACUAAGGAGUAACAUUUUCUACCGUAACGGCUUUCAUUAAAAUCCGCCUUUUUCCUAAUUAAUUGAUAAUUCAUGAAAGAAGACAAAGGUAUUUGCUAUGUCAAAGGAACGACAACAUUAAAAGACAUAAGUGAAUGAACUAACUAAAGAUAAUAAUUUUUAAGUAGUUUUAAUGCGCGGCGAUCUUGCCGCUUGCUGUAGCUGCCGUCACUGAAGCUCUUCCCUUGCAGAGCUUUUUAGAAAUCUCUUACAACCUGAUUUUUUUCUUUCUUUGGACAUUAUCCAUAUCUUUUGUUAUCAAUGCAGUACUAGACGCAUUAUAUAGUACUCUUCCCUUUUGGCUCACGCCAAAUAGCGAGAUAUUGUAUAGUCAAUACGUGUUAAAAAAUAAGGAGCCCAAGUGCUGAUAUCAGCGGUUUCUUCUUGGGAACGAGGUGGUGGGUCAUUCUGCUCUGCGUCAACCUAACCUUGUUCACAAUCCUCCAUAAACAGACUAACAGCUAUUGUGUCUACUAGUUUGUAUGUUUAUCUGUUUUCAUGUAUCAGGCUAUGUCCAUUCUAUGCUGGAUAGCUUUUCGCGCCGACAUCAAAAGCUAUCUGGUACAGAAUGAAUGGCAACGGCACAGAACUGGAACAAAUCGUUGAGGCGCUUAAAAUAUUGUACCAGAGCGGUUGGCCAAGAGGAUUUGGUAUGAUGCACUAAAUCCCAACCUCACUUGUGUAUAUUUACUUCCGCCUCAGUGUGGUCCAGUCCUCACUCCCACUCAUUUACUUCCGAUACGGUCCAAUUAGGCCUUUUUCUCCAAAAUUCUGCAAAGGCAUUGUUUUCAAUUUCGUCGCCCCAAGAGAAAUUGAAAACAAUGAGCGGCAACGGCCAUUGAAUAAGGCCUAUACCUUUUCACACUGCGACGAAGCGGGUAGAAACCUAUCCGAUGUAUGACCAUCCACGUUCAUUAGCGGCGCGGUGCAGCUUCGCUCCGUGACAGAAAUCGCGCCAAAAUCACCUUUCUUAUCUAUGAAAAGAAGCCCUUUCGGUUUUGUUUUCGUAUCGGCGCAAGGGCUAACACACAUAGUGCGAGCAAAGCCUCGGAAGAUUUUAAAGAUGCAAACAGCGCAAGUCAGGGCUCUCAUCCGCCUUGAAAUUCCUCGAAAUUCGAUCAUUACUAACUUUAUCCAACUGAGAUUCUCAAGUACCUAAUUUGAAGAUAAAAGUUAUUAUCGUACUGUGAAAGAACAAGAGCUACUUUGUAAGUGGUAAUUGUCUUAACUCAAGUCCAAUUCCUAACUGCUAGUAAAUGCGUGGCAACCUUUGUCUCGACACAAUAAAAAAGAUGUUUUUUUUUUAGCUUGCGUAGCUGUGUAACAUCAUUUUUUAUGCGCCAGUUUAACGAAAGAAAUCCGCUUUGUAAUAAUUACGUUUACCAUAGAGUGUUUAUAUUUUAUAAGGAAAACAAUUGUACAUAUGAGUGCCAAAGGAAAUGAUUUGGAAACCUUUCUCAAGUGUCACGUCG